AUGAAGAUUAAUUCCGAGUCGCCAACGACGGCUCCUCAUUCAUCCUCCAAUUGCAGGAGCGUCUUUCGGGUCCCUUCGAAAUUAGUAGUUGCAUCCGGAGUAAUCAUCAACAUUACCCACGACGACGCCGGAGGAACACCCUUAGCCAUCCAUCCAGCUCGGAUUGAACCAGAGUGCCGACAGAAGCACAUGGGUCAGGAUGACAAUGUCAAAGCAGCACAGCAUGAACAUAACGUCAAAGAAUCCGUCACUGGACACGGACACGGUAGGGUUGAGUCUCCAGAAGAGGACAAGUCUAACUUUCUCUCCUCCGUAACCCAACUGCUUUUUGCCUCCACGUCUCAUGUUGCCGUCUCAGUCGGGCCCGAUUUGCUGCCGCUUUCGUUUCUUUGCGCGAUUGCAAACGGACGACCAAGAUAA